AUGACGAGAAAAGUGGAAUCUUUUAAGCGUUUUAGUUUUUUCUCGUGUGGUUUAACAAAAAGUUUCAGUUUCUUAAGUUCGCUUCUUCAAGACGCUUCUGGUGGAAAAGUUAUGGUGUCACAACCUAAGCUGAGGAUUAUGCAAAAAUAUCCGGCAAAUCCUCCCUCAACUCAACAAAAACUUUCUGAUGGAAUUGCUUUUAUGGAACAUCCCUUGGGACGACUUAAAUUUUAUUGGACACAAUUUUUAUCAACGGGUGGUCGAGAUAACAUUCAUUGA